AUGUGGCAAAACGAGAAGCCAAGACACACAAACAGCAAAACGACCUUUGGAGAUGAAACAAACGAAAAUAGGAGGAAUUUCGAUCGAUCAAGAUUUAAAAGAAACACUACAAGCAAAUUUGCAAUUUUCGGAACACCAAUUUUUGAUGGAGAGGAGGAAAACCAAAAAGAAUUAAAAGCACAUGGACAAGAACGAUAUAUUUCCGAACACCAACAGUAUGCAAAAGACGAAAAAGGCCGACGAAGAUUUCAUGGAGCCUUCACAGGUGGUUUUUCGGCUGGAUAUUUUAAUACAGUUGGCUCGAAAGAGGGUUGGACCCCGAAAAAUGAUUUUAAGUCCAGUGCAAAACAGAAAAUAACAGACUUUAUGGAUGAGGAAGAUAUGAGAGAACUAUUUGGUUUGAGUGGAUCUAACCAUGUUCAAGUUACUGAUAAAUUUCGUAUGGCCUCUAACGUUGGUGACUCUUAUAGCCGUGACCCUCUCUUAGGAUUAUUUGGAGAUAUGAAUUCUAAAGACCGAACACAUGUAGAUUUAAUUUUUGGCAGCUCAGCUCCAGCAUCGACGGACACUUCAUUGAGUCGCCAGUUAUAUUCUGCAAGUGAAACUACAAGCGAUAUUGGUCACACGUUAUUAAGAAAAAUGGGUUGGGUACCAGGAAGAGGAAUUGGAAUUAAAAAUUACAAAACAGCAAAUCAUGAAAAAUCCUCCAUAGAACUUCAUCAAGAUGCAAAAUCAUACAAUGUAAAAUUGAAAGAAAACCAAUAUGGUUUAGGUUAUAAGGCAAAUACACUUGGGGAUAUUUUGCAACAGGAUAAUACAACCAACAAUGCUUUUUCAAUCACAAGAAAAAAAGAUGUUGAUGACGACAUUUACAAUACUGAUGAUUGGAAUAGCUAUGAUAUUGAGCUCAAACCUCAUAAGGAAAAUGAUAUUUCUGACCAACAUGAUAUAUGGAAUGAAAAAUUAAUAUUUAUCAAAUCCAAUACUCCUUGUGCAGUGAAACGCAAGUACUCACCACCAAAAAUUCCUGAUAGCUUCACUGGAAUACAUGUUUUUGAUCAACCCCAGAUUAAGACCCAUUACAAAAAACUAGAUUACCGGUUGCAAUUACAUUUACAAGCUGCAGAAGAGAGAAGAAAGAAGCUUGGAGGUACACAUGUACUUAUUGAUACCUCCACAAAACCAGAAAUAGAGUAUUCAGAAGAUUAUUCCAUGAUUCAUAAUAAGCCCAUACUGUUCGAGACUGAAAAAUCAAAAGAAAUUAAGGAGAAAUUAUCCAAGGUCAUGUCUCAAAGAUUUGUGUCAAGUUCAGAGAAUCUUCAUACUCAUAACAAGAAUGCAACUCAACGGCCUGUCAUUCCUAAAGGUACCAGAGUGAUUACAGACUGGAUACCGGAUCACUUGCUAUCAAAAAGAUUUGGCUUUCCACCCAUUUCCAGCUCUAUCUCACCAUCACCACAAACAAUGCCAUCCUCUCAGAAAUUCUCAAUGCUCGAUUCCAACAUAUUUAAUUCAGAAGAAUCAUCUCAUAAUAAGACAGAGGUCUCUACUUCAGUUCCUGCCAUUAGAACCAUUGAGCGAAUGGAAGACACUGAGAGGCCUUCAAUUGAAUUGUUUAAGCAUAUAUUUGAUGUUCGAGCGAACCAAUUCAUUGAGGUGGAAGAUGAUAUAGCUCCAUCGAAUAAGGUGGAUCUUGAAAACAAGCAUGAGCCUCCAUCUCAUCGUGAACCGGUGAUGCUCGAAGUAUUGCCCUCUUCUUUUAAGUCCGUUGGACAAGUCGUGCAGGAACUGAAAGAAAAAAGAGACGAAAAGACAACAACAGCACAAAAACCAAGUAUCAAAGAGAAAAAGAAAGAAUCGAUCAAAACUGAAGAACUUGCAACAGAAAAGGAACGCCAAAGGAAAUUAGAUUUUAAUGUAUAUCCCAUGAAGAAAGAUAGCACUAGCUCAUAUAUUUCUCAAUUAGAAUCUCGAAUAUCAGACAUUAAACGAAUGUUGGAUUCUUCGUCAGACGAAGAGAAAAAAAAGAGGAAAAAACACAAAGCAGAAAAGAAAGAGAAGAAAAAGAGAAAGAAAGAAAGUGUUUAUGUGUUUGAAGAGCAAUAA